GUGCCGCGGUUGUGACAUGAGUGAAGACGAUGAUUUUGAUGGUCUGGAGUCGACCAAGGUGGAAGGGGCGACUGCAGAGUCCAGUUCUCCCUCCACUGAUCACGGGACCGACUAUCCAAGUUAUUGCAUAGUGGGAGGAGCACAUGCCUUCAUACUACGAAUAUCAAGCCUUUUCGGACUCGCGCCGCUGCGGUUCAAACCCCAUGAGAAGGGCUUCUCUGUCUCACUCUCUAGUGCGAUGUGUGUCUACAGUUACAUUCUGGUAACUCUUUUAGUAAUCCUAGCGGUCUUCGGCAUGGUGGCGGAGAUACAGGUGGGCGUGGAGUUGUCGGUGCGCAUGACAUCACGCAUAACCCAAGUGGUGUCGACUGGUGACAUGCUGGUGGUGGUGGUGACGGCCUGCGCCGGCGUAUACGGGGCGCCGAAGCGCAUGCGCAUCAUGCUCGGAUUCAUGGAGAAAGUGGCUUCGGUGGACAACAGUAUUGGCUGCCAGUAUUCCGGACUCACUGAGAGAAAACUUUGCGCAAUUUUAUUGGCAAUACUGAUUUUCUUUACCGUUUUAAUCGCUGAUGAUUUCUGUUUUUACGCAUUACAAGCGACGAAAGUAGAUCGAGAAUGGGACAUGGUGCUCAACUACAUAGGUUUCUAUUUAUUGUGGUAUGUGGUGAUGAUUUUGGAGUUGCAGUUUGCAUUCACAGCAUUGUCAGUGCACGCUAGAUUCCGUGCUGUUAAUGAAGCUCUUGCUUUAACCGCGCGCCAAGUGGCUGUGCCUGUAGACCUACCGAGGUGUCCACCGCUAAACAUCUACGCGAUCCGAGUGUCUCCCGUGGUCUCGCAGAGGUCGGCUAAUGUCAGCUUGUUAGUGGAUUCGAUGCCGACCAAAGAAUCUACUGUCAUUAUUAAAAGAAUUGUUAGCGGCGAACCUCGUUUAGUAGUAGCACCUUGCGAGGCGAUUCGCCGGCUCGCCGUGCUGUACGGGACGUUGUGCGAGGUGGUGCACAGCAUCGAUGACAGCUACGGGCUGCCGCUCAUCGUCAUCAUUAUCUCCACGCUGCUGCAUCUCAUCAUCACACCCUACUUCCUCAUCAUGGAGUUAAUUGUGUCGACGAACAGGAUCCAUUUCCUGGUGCUGCAGUUCCUCUGGUGCGGCACGCAUAUGCUGCGGAUGUUCGUACUGGUCGAGCCUUGCCAUUACACCGCUAACGAGGGCAAGAGAACUGAAAGCCUGAUCUGCCGUCUGAUGACGUCGACGCCCUCCAAUGGGGUGUUACCCUCGCGAUUGGAGCUGUUCUCGCGACAGCUGAUGCUGCAGAGCGUCAACUACUCACCCAUGGGGAUGUGUACACUUGAUAGACCCUUAGUGGCUUCUGUUAUCGGCGCGGUGACCACGUAUUUGGUGAUUCUCAUACAGUUCCAAAGAUACGGCACAUAAUGCAUUAAUUAAAGAGAAAUAACUCUUUGUUAUUAUGAGCUCCUAGUCAAAUGAAGAAAUUAUUAUAUUAGUCAUAAUUAUAAUUUGAUCUUAGCCUUAUUACCUGACGAAAAUUUAAAUCAUAACCAAAACAGUAACUUCUAUGGUUCUAAGAUUAAGGCGUAGAGUUGAACAAUUUAAAUAAGUAGCGUUAAAAAAUUAUUGCCUAUGGUUUUGUUUUGAAUGUUAUCUAAACCCAAAUUUCUUAAAUUUCUGUUAUCUGGACCCAUUAAAAUUUUCGUCUGUUUUUUUUUGUCACGGCUAAUUAAAUACAAAAUUGCUGACUUGUGACUUUUUAAACAUUAAAGUUGUUUUAAAAUAAGUCACGUAGGCAUCGGUAGCGUAGCUUGCCAAAGAGGGCCCUAUAUGUAAAUAUGUUUGGGGUUCCUUCAGGGCAGUGCCAACUUUUGGGCACCUGCUUAGUUUAAUGUAGGUAUGAGCCAAGCGGUUACUAUGCCCCUGGUAGGCAUACAUUGUUUUAAAUAUCACAAGCCCAAAUACACGAGAAUAAAUAUUAUUGUCAUUAAAAGUUACUUAUAUAAAGAUAAAUUAAAAUUACACAAUUUGUAUUGGCAGUAAAAUUAACAACGAAAUGUCAUAAAGUCACUUUAGUGUAGUCUAGGAUACAUAUAAUGCAUCUUUAGUAAAGUGACAUUGGUUGGUCAAUGAGAUAUAAAACGGAACACCCUCCGUUCGAAUCCUACGUAACAAUAACAAUUUAUGUGAGCUAACAAGAAUAGAUCGCAUAGAGAUUGUUGACAUAAGGCGAGGUUAGAUUAGAAAGCUUUUAGACGCCGAUUUCCGUAAGCAAUUUUUACCGUGUAAUUACUGCAAGGUGACUGCAAUUUUUGAAGUGUAGAUUUGUAACAAGUUGGAUGUGUAUAAAACUAUUGAAUUAUAGCUUCAGUAUGAAGAUAUGCCUGCCUCGGUGGCGUAGUUGUAUUGCAUGUCCGGUACAAUAGCGCUCUGAGGUCCUGGGU